ACUGUUGUGUUCAAUGUUCAUGGUUGUCUUCGUGUGGUGGUGGUGUUAUUUUUGAGUUUGUGCCUUUCUGGUGCCGAAUUUGUAGCGUUUCCCUAUCAAAAUGGCAACCGUAAUCUCCACAGUAAAUUUUUCUAAUUUGGAAAAAAUCGAAACGUAACAACUUUGCCCUUAUUUCGUUGCAGUUUUAUGAACGACACGUCCUACAGAGAAAUACUGGAGAGUGCCGCCAAUUACAACACGAGAUUAUGCAUCGAGCGACGCCUACGGUUGCCAUUCCUCGACAGUCAGACGGGCGUAGCUCAGAAUCACUCCUCGCUGUACAUGAACAAAAGGCACCGGAUGCCCGGCAUGGCUCCCGGCCAGAUCUACACGUACCCGAGACCGCGAUGGCGAAAGAGACGAAGACAAUAUCUGACGAUGAACUCGAGGGCGUUCGCGCGAGCCGCCGACGCGCUACUCGACGGCGACGUCGACCUCCACAACAUAUCGCAGGUCGAGAAUCCCGCCCUGCAAGAUACGGAUAGCAAAGACAGCCAACUGCUUUUAAAGGAUGAUGUCUCUAAAGAUUGGUACUACGACGAGCAAGACAUAAUGGAGAUGGACGCGUACGACGAGCCCGACCAGGACUCCGAUUUGGACUACGAGGAGACUUACAGCAAACGUAGCAAGCGAAGGAAAGGGACGGGAAGGAGCCGCGGCACGGACUCGCCGAACGCCCCGGGACGUCGAAAAGGCGGCGGGCGCGGUAGGAAGAAGACGUACGCGCACAAUUUCGAUCCGACGCCCGGAGAUCCGGACAAACCUUUCGCUUGCGAACUGUGCGGAGCGCGGUACAAGACACGACCCGGCCUGACCUACCACUACGGCCAUUCGCACAAAGAGGGGGCUAGCGAUGAAAAUUCUCGUGACAGCAAUGCCCCCAUGCCGACCGCCCCGGUCGUCGGCAUGCCCAACGUGCCGGGAGGACCGCCUAUGCCGCCGGGUAUGGGUCUACCCAUGGGCAUGGGUGGGCCUGCUUCUCUUGGGGGCUUGGUUACGGGUGGUCCAGUCGUGGGUGACGGUGCGUCCAACAACCUAUCACCCGCGCAAGGGAUUCUACAGGGAUCUGUCUAUCAAGAUAGCUAUGUAUCGUUUCUGAAUCAACCAAACGCCGGCACUCCGGGCGGUCCGAUCAGACGAAGUCGGCCGGGAGGCCUACAGCCCUCUCCCCAAUCGCAAGCGCCGCCCAACCUACCACCGAAUCUUCCGAAUCAGCCGCCCCUACUCCCGAUGGACGAUCCUCCGAUGCCCAUCCUUGUGGCGGAGAAGAACUACGAUCCGAUGCCGCCCGUCUCGAUCAUGGACCAUCUCAAGGAUAAGGCGAUGCCGAGUCCGUACUGCGACUUCUGCCUCGGCGACUCGAGAGAGAACAAGAAGACGGGCGGCUCCGAGGAGCUGGUGUCGUGCGCCGACUGCGGUCGAUCAGCUCAUCCGACAUGCCUUCAAUUUACAAUGAAUAUGAUUAUUUCUGUGCGGAAAUAUCGUUGGCAGUGCAUCGAAUGUAAAUGUUGCUCAGUAUGCGGAAACUCCGAUAACGAUGAUCAGCUUCUGUUUUGCGACGACUGCGACCGAGGCUACCACAUGUACUGCCUGUCGCCGCCGUUGAACACGCCGCCCGAAGGGUCCUGGUCCUGUAAGCUGUGCAUCGAUCAGUUUCACAAAUAGGUCCUCUACCUUUAAUUUCCUUAACAUAUUUUUUUUCUAGUUCCCUAAGUAAAAAGUACUUAAUUCGAAACGAUACUUAAUUGUUUGUCUUAAUUUUAUUGUAGCUACCUCGUUGGAUUAAUGAUAAAGGUAUUUUAUACAAAUUCAUUAACUUUUUUAAUAGCAUUCAUAGUUUUUAGUGUAUACUAACUUGUAAAAUUAUUUCUUUUAUUAAAUAUGACAUAGAUAAUGAA